AUGGUGGAUUGGCACAGCCUCUCCGAUCCCGCAGUGAAGCGGAAACAGUCGGGGGGGGGUGGUGUCACAGCCGCAGGCGAGGUCUUGACAAGAAAGCAGCAAAGUGGGGAAGAGUUGUAUUCCGAGAAGUGUGCCAGUGGCCGUGGGUAUCCGCUGAUUGCCAUGUUUUCUUAUCAAUUGAUGGUCUAG